AUGUGCGAAUAUCUCCCCGUCUAUCACAAACCUACCGGCUGCGUUGCAUUCCCCAAGCAUGUCGUCGAAGUCAAGGUCUAUCUUGCCUGCUUGGAGAUAAUCAAUGACCCGACUGGGGCUAAGGAGCGCUGCGAUGACAAGGACUGUCAUUUGGCUGGGUCGCUUGGUUCGACUCGGACCCGGGCGGAGUGUCCUCAUUGUCUUUGUCCUCCUUGGGGGGUGAUUGAGCCGUUGUAUAUUGUGAUCAGGGAUCAGGAGUUUGCUUCGUUGAUCGCUCAGGGUGGUUUGUUUUGA